GCCCUUGUAGGAUUUUGACACUGAUUUGAGUCUAAUCAUCGUAAAUGUCAUUGCCACCACUUUCUCAAUCGCAGAACCAACAGCAGCAAUCCACUCAGCUUGUCGGUGAAGACGCGUUUGGCCAGUUCGACGCUUCCAACAGCAUGGGGAUGAAUCAACAGGCCAUGGCUAUGUCUAUGGGUCAGCAUCCAGGUGGGACCCCCGGUGGUGGGGUCCCUCAUAGAGAGCUUUACCGUAAAACUCGCAUGUGCAAGUACUUCCUUCAAGGGUACUGCGUCCAUGGCGACCAAUGCGAUCAUGCCCAUGAUGUCAGCGAGUUGAGGCAUCUGCCCGAUAUGCGUCAUGGGGGAUACGCCUUUGGUGGUAACGGUCGACAAAUGUUGGACACGGCACCAACGUCGCCUGGCUCUACUGAGUCCCAUCCUAGUGGGACUGGCGAUGCUUCUUCCCACGAGCGCGAGGUUUUUAGGAAGACUCGAAUGUGCAAGUACUUCCAGCAAGGGUAUUGUGUCCAUGGCUCGGACUGUAACUAUGCCCACGACUGGAGUGAGAUAAGACAUAUUCCAGAUCUCGGUAAGGGCAAGCCUAAUCAGUUCACUGGUGCUGCUACUACUGGUGCUGUCGAAUCCAGAGAUGCCCAAUUUAUGAAUGCUGCUGCCGCCACGGCCUCCACUGCGAAGGCUCCGUAUGUCGCCGACUCGGCUGCUACUGAUGCUGCUGUUUUGGCUGCUCUCAGUAGUACUGCUGCUGCUUUGAACGAGAACCCCAAUUUAUUGGUUACUGCUGCUGACUCUUCUUCUGGUCUGCCAGCAUCCCAGAAGACUAUGAGCAACACUAUGACGGCUAGUGACUUCCUCGAACAAGCUCAACUAUUGGAUCAGAUCGCUAAGGCAUUGGAACAACUUAAUGCUAGUGCUGAUAGCAGUGCUUUUACUGCGGGAGACGAAGUCAGGCUUAGACUUCGUUCCUAUACUGGUGGUCAGGAUAUGAUUGCUGCGCUUGUCGAUGACCCUCCGGACAACUUCCCAAGCAUCACAGAUUCCUUCCCGACGAUUCCAGCUCCUGGUCUGGAUGCAGAUGCUCCUGCAUUUGUCCCACAGCAACAGCAACAACAACCACAGAGGGUGACCUCAGCAGCAUCGACAUCAUCAAUGAAUGAGAAGAGUCACUAUACGAAGUCUUGUGCUGGUACAUUGUUGGUGCCUCCGACCAAUGAGCCAUCACCUGAGUUCCGACAGUCGUCUCGUCCCCGUGGAUUGAGUGGUUGGAAGCCAUUAGAAUCGAUCGAUAAUGUUGCUUCUGGAUCCUACUCGACACUUUUGAACGAUCUCGGAUCCUACUCCCAAGUAUCGGGAACUAAUAAUACUAAUGCUACUGUUGAUAACCGUGCUGAGCGAUCGGCGUAA